CCGGCUUGAGAAACCGUGGGGUUUCUGAGGCGACGCCUCAGCCGGUAUUCACCACCCCGUCCGAGCCUGAGGAUCGGCCGCUUCCAUCACCACCAGCACCAUGGGGGCCGUGCUGGGCAUCUUCUCUCUCGCCAGCUGGGUUCCAUGCCUCUGUAGUGGUGCAUCAUGCUUGCUCUGCGGUUGCUGUCCCAUCAGUAAGAAUUCCACUGUGACUCGGAUCAUCUAUGCUGCUAUUCUCUUUCUGGGCACUCUCGUAUGUUGUAUCAUGCAGACAGAAAAGAUAGAAACUGAACUGAAAAGAAUUCCUGGAUUCUGUGAUGGAGAAUUCCAAAUCAAAAUGGUGGAUACAAAAUCAGAUUGUGAUGUGCUGGUUGGUUAUAAAGCUGUGUAUCGGAUCAACUUUGCCCUUGCCAUCUUUUUCUUUGCCUUCUUUUUGCUCAUGAUAAAAGUAAAAACAAGCAAAGAUCCAAGAGCAGCAAUACACAAUGGGUUUUGGUUUUUCAAAAUUGCUGCCAUUGUUGGUAUCAUGGUUGGAUCUUUCUACAUCCCUGGGGGCCCUUUCACCUCAGUCUGGUUUAUUGUUGGCAUGGUGGGGGCUGCUUUCUUCAUCUUCAUCCAGCUGGUGCUCUUGGUUGACUUGGCUCACUCUUGGAAUGAGUCAUGGGUAAAUCGCAUGGAAGAAGGAAACCCAAGGGUGUGGUAUGCUGUUUUACUCUCUGUUACAAGCUUGUUUUAUAUCCUGGCAAUCAUCUCUGUUGGGCUCCUCUACAAAUUCUACACCAAGCCAGAUGGCUGCACAGAAAACAAAUUCUUCAUCAGUAUUAACUUGAUUCUCUGUGUUGUGGUUUCUGUUGUAUCCAUCCUCCCAAAAGUUCAGGAACACCAGCCUCAUUCUGGCCUCCUGCAGUCUUCUAUCAUCACUCUCUACACCAUCUACCUCACAUGGUCAGCCAUGACCAAUGAACCUGAUCGUUCCUGCAACCCUGCCCUGCUGAGCAUCAUUACAAACAUAGCUGCACCAACCCCAAAGUCUGUAAAUUCAACCACUGUAGCCCCCACCACUGCUCCCCCAUCAACAAAUAGCCACUUUAUGGAUGCAAAUGGUGUUUGUGGGCUGUUAGUCCUUUUUUGCUGCCUUGUGUAUUCUAGCAUCCGUACAUCCAGCAACAGCCAAGUGAACAAGCUGACCCUCUCAGGGAGCGACAGUGUGAUUCUGGGCGAUACGGUCAAUGGAGCCGGCGAUGAAGAAGAUGGACAGCCACGGCGGGCCGUGGACAACGAGAAAGACGGAGUGCAGUACAACUACUCCUUUUUCCACUUGAUGCUCUGCUGUGCUUCUUUGUACAUCAUGAUGGCCAUGACCAACUGGUACAGCCCUAAUGCCAACUUCCAGAGGAUGACCAGCGAGUGGCCAGCUGUGUGGGUCAAGAUGGGGUCCAGCUGGGCCUGCCUCCUCCUCUAUGUCUGGACCCUCGUGGCUCCACUGGUUCUUACCGGUCGUGACUUCAGCUAAACUCUCCAAUGCCAAGGACUCUGCUGAAGUUCAUAAAGGUCUCCUUUGCUGAAAACUCAUAUCCCUUUUUAGUUUCCUUUAACUAAACUAUUAAGUGAAUGCCUUUGCAAAUUUGAUUAUAUCCAGAUUUAUAUAUCAAAAGGCAAGAGUGAAUAAUGCUUGAUGCAGAAUCUGAACUUUUUAUUUCAAUGUAUAUUUUGUUUACUUGGAAGGAAGGAUAUAGCACAAAGGGAACAUUUUUGUGUUUUAAAGAGCACUACAGCUGUGCUGUGAAGAUAGUUCUUUAUAAAGACCUGUAGGUUCAUACAGCUUUGAUUUAAAGUAUAAGAUAUAAAAAUGUUGGAUAUUUGAGCCUAUCUUUAAUAUAUUUCUAUUUCAUUCUCCUUAAAAGGCAAAAAAGUAAUACAUUACUAUGAGAUUUUCCUCUGUAAAGGUCUUUACCAUUUAGUGUAAGCUCUUCAGAGGUGUAGCGUAUCUUAGUUUUGGGGUGAGGAUUAUGUAAGUAGUCCUUCCCCAGAAGAAGGGUUGCUGACAAGGCUACUACUUCCACAUCUUGAGUCUUCUUUACUUUUUUAAUACUAUAGCAUUGAUGCUGCUUGAUACAAGUCCAUGGCUUUAUCAGAUAUGUUCGUUUCAAUAAAUGCUUUGUAGGUUUGAUUAAAGCAAAGACUCACUUGGGAAAACAUUGCAAUGUUUCUGUUAUGAUCUUGUUACCAGUAUGUAAAAGUAAAAUGCAUGUGAAUUUAUUAUAUUUGCACUAUAAAGGUAUUUGAUUAAACUAGA